GCAGGUGGGCUGCCCUCGCCCACUGCGUCAGAACGACGCCCACCGGGAGGUUACUGUGGGGCACACGCGGCAGGAGACACCCCCUGGAACCUCUCCUCUCCUCCCUAAUGCCACGUUAAAACCCUCAACCCCACGUGCUGUUUGCAAAUCUACCAGCGACUGAGGGACUGACGCUGGGAGCUAGAGACCUCACUCUAGAGCUAGAGACCUUGCUCUUGGAGCCAGCAUGUCAGCUGUGGUCCUGGAGAACAGAGGCUUGGGCAGGAAACUCUCCGACUUUGGACAGGAAACAAGCUAUAUUGAAGACAACUCCAAUCAAAAUGGUGCUGUGUCACUGAUCUUCUCACUCAAAGAAGAAGUUGGUGCACUGGCUAAAGUCUUGCGCUUAUUUGAGGAGAACGAUAUAAACCUGACCCACAUCGAAUCUAGACCUUCUCGUUUAAAGAAAGAUGAGUAUGAGUUUUUCACCUAUCUGGAUAAACGUAGCGGGCCUGCCCUGGCUAACAUCACCAAGAUCUUGAGGCACGACAUUGGCGCCACUGUCCACGAGCUUUCCCGGGAUAAGAAGAAAGACACAGUGCCCUGGUUCCCAAGAACCAUCCAAGAGCUGGACAGAUUUGCCAACCAGAUCCUCAGCUAUGGAGCGGAACUGGACGCAGACCACCCGGGUUUUACAGAUCCUGUGUACCGAAGAAGACGGAAGCAGUUUGCUGACAUUGCCUACAACUACCGCCAUGGGCAGCCCAUCCCUCGAGUGGAAUACACGGAGGAAGAAAAGAAGACAUGGGGCACAGUGUUCAGGACUCUGAAGUCUUUGUACAAAACCCACGCUUGCUACGAGCACAAUCACAUUUUUCCACUUCUGGAAAAGUACUGUGGCUUCCACGAAGAUAACAUUCCCCAGCUGGAAGACGUCUCUCAAUUCCUGCAGUCUUGCACUGGUUUCCGCCUCAGACCUGUGGCCGGCCUGCUUUCCUCUCGGGAUUUCUUGGGUGGCCUGGCCUUCCGAGUCUUCCACUGCACACAGUACAUCAGACAUGGAUCCAAGCCCAUGUACACACCCGAACCUGACAUCUGCCAUGAACUGUUGGGACAUGUGCCCUUGUUUUCAGAUCGCAGCUUUGCCCAGUUUUCCCAGGAAAUUGGCCUUGCCUCCCUGGGUGCCCCUGAUGAGUACAUUGAGAAACUCGCCACAAUUUAUUGGUUUACCGUGGAGUUUGGCCUCUGCAAACAAGGAGACUCCAUAAAGGCAUAUGGUGCUGGGCUCCUCUCGUCCUUUGGUGAAUUACAGUACUGCUUAUCAGACAAGCCGCAGCGCUUGCCACUCGAGCUGGAGAAGACAGCCAUCCAGAACUACACCGUCACGGAGUUCCAGCCCCUGUAUUAUGUGGCUGAGAGUUUCAAUGAUGCCAAGCAGAAAGUGAGGAACUUUGCUGCCACGAUCCCCCGGCCCUUCUCGGUUCGUUAUGACCCAUACACCCAAAGGAUUGAGGUCCUGGACAAUGUCCAGCAGCUUACGAUUUUGGCCGACUCCAUCAACGGUGAAGUUGGAAUUCUUUGCAGUGCCCUCCAGAAGAUAAAGUGAAGCCGUGGGCAGAACUUGAUCUGUCAACUGAGCGUCUGUUGGUGGGGAUCAAACUGCUUCUUUCAUCAGAAAAAGUCUGACAAGGACAUGUUAAUUUAAAAUAACAGCCCUGAAUCCUUUUGGAACAAGACAGAGAAUCAACAAAUAAAUCAAAAUAAUCUGAAAUGACAGUAUAUUAACACAUACCCAAAAGCAUAAUGGUAGAUCUUCGAGGUUCAUCUUUGAUUUAGAGAAGAUAAUUCCAGACUUGCAAUUGAGUUAAAUCAAUAAUCUGUCACAUUUUAUGAUAUCAAUUAAAAUUGAGACAUGCUUCAUUCAAGGUUCAUAUAUGCUUUUGUUAUUAUUUGUCAUAGAGAACUCAUAAAAGAGUAUAUAUGAGUAAAUGUAAAAAAAAGAGACUGUCAUUAGAAUUGAAUUAUUGGGUUUAAUAUAAAUCUUGACCUACAAGGUUCAUCUUCUAUUUGAAUUAACUAUGAUUCCAGUUACUGCUUUGCUAUUGUGUCUGUGUAGAUCUCCUUUAGUUCAGGAGCCCAUUAAAAUAGUUACAAAAAUUUUCUAUAGCAUUAUAUAGAAACAUUUCUGUAUUUUUUUUUUGUAAUCACAAAUACUGUUGUAUAAGGUAAUGGAACUCCCCACCUAAUCCCCACAAUUUCCAGUAUCAUUUUCCAGUUGAUUGUCAAGUCUGUUUUAAGAGACAUUUUCCAUACAAUUAUGAUGCAGCAGAUGUUGACCAAAGGCCUGGUUGGUAGAUGCUCAGUAAAUAUUCAUUGAAUAAAUUAGUGAUUAUAUUUUUUUAAAAUAAAAUUUACUGUAAAAGUGAGAAAAGUCCAUUUCCAUUUUUAAAAACACUAGAUUUUACAAAGACACUAGAAAAUAGAUGCAGACAUGAAAAUUCAAAUUUCAAAGCAAUGAAACCUCAGACACAUUGAGAAUAAAUUACUCUUCCCUCCCAGCGUAUAUUUAGGUAGUUCUUAUGAUACCCCAUUAGUGGAUCAGGGACAGCUAUUUGAAGACACAUAUGAGCAUUUGAAUCAUAUGUCAAGACUAGAAAGGACCAUAGUUUACAUAGUUUAACUCCUUCAUUGUUAGAGUGAAACUGAGGUCUAAAGAAGGGAAGUGAUUUAUCUAUGUCAACGUCAUUGGCAAGUGGCAGACUGUCAGAAGUUAAGUUUUUUUCAAACUUAAGGUACCCAGUAUAUUUGGCUGUGAAUAUAAAACUAAUAACCUUGGGGUACCUAAAAAUGCAGGUCUCGGGACCCAUCCCCAGAGAUUCUAAUCAGGUAGAGCUGUGAUGGUGCCUAGAAUUUACUAUUGAUGAUGCCACAGCUGGUCUGAGAACUACACUUGAAGAGACACUAUGCAAAUCCUUUAAGACUUAAAGGACUUUUCUCCUCUGACCUUCCCCUAGACACAAAACAUUCUGCUAAUGGGCUAUUUUGAUGUUUCAUUAUUUCACACUAAAAGUAAAUUAGUUACUCUGGAACUUAAAUAUGAAAUAGUAGUUUCGAAUGACAGUGAUUUUGGAACAGUGAUUUUUAUUCCUAGUAAAAAUAUUUUCAUGUUGAAGGUAAAGUUUAGGGUUAAGCUGUGAUUUUCACAGAAAGAAAUUAAAUUCUGAAUGGAAUAUAAUCUUUGCAUUUUUAGUGAUGUGCUACUCAGUUCUUAGCUCUUUUUAUCUGGAUAUAAAAGCCCAGUCUACAGCAAUGGGAUACAGUACAUUGUCAAUAUGUUAUUAUUAUCAUUUGUUUAAUUUCUAGUAAAUGAACAGUCUUUUGGAAACAAUAGUAAUGUUUUACUGAUGGAUGAUCCUGCUGUGUACAAUCAAAAUAAAUGCAUA